CAAAACAUUCCGCUGUCAGCCAGUUCAGUGCUGGAGCAACACAGAGAGGGACCGCCACAGAUACGUGAAGCAAAAAGACAGAUUCACGUCUUAACACGCCGCUUCAGAAUCUGCCCGAGCUGUAGCGAAUUUGACCCGGAGUGGUGAGCAGCUGAGCAGGGUGAAGUCGGGGGAGACGGACAGGCAAGGAAAGAAAAACCAAAAAAAAACAAAGAUGGCUGUGUAGCCGGAGAGACGAGUUCCAACAGAACUGUCUCCAGCCGCGGAUCUGAAUCGUCGACAGGUCCCGUGGGUGCCGUGGACAGUCUGCGGGUACCGGAGCGGGGACGGUAGACGAGCAGCCGAGCUGGGCCGCGGCGGUACGAGGCUGUAAUCUGCUGUCAGUGCGAUUAACGGCGUCGAGCGCUGAACAACAGCUGAGGGACGCCCGAGUUGUUUUUGUUCUGCCCGAGAGGACUGCUGUGUUUGUGUCAACGUAGCUAGCGCACAGUCUGCUAGCCUCACUGUAAGUCAACUGCUACUGGUCGACAUUUGUAAUAUAUUCUCUCGUGCUCCCGUUAUUACACGGCCAUUCGCUUGUUACGCGUUUUCAACUUCCGCAGUGUGCGGCGGCAUUAAUAACAAGUUAGCCCGCAUUCCUGUCUGACAGCCUGCCGCCGUCGCGCUAGCCCGGCUAACGCUAGCAUAGCUGUCAGCUGACCGUUAGCUUGACAGGCUGCGAGCUAGUCCCGGGCUAACCUGCUAAUAUUUCGGGCUCAGUGUGGCCGCUGCAGGUUCACCCCGAACAUUUCCUAGACACCCGUCGCCAUGUCUUCGCUGGAAGAGAGGGACGUGGGCGUUGCGGCCGCCCCUGGCUCCUCCUCGGGAGGCCUGGGGGUCGGGGCCGUGGGGGCAGCGGUGGAGGCUGUCGCCGGGGUCGCUGCCAUGCAGGAGGAGGUCGGCAUGAGACGAGAUGGGCCCGAGCCUGACCCGGACGCGCCACCCAAGAAGCGGGUGAGAGUGCCCGAGGGAGAGUCAGGAAAGCUGGAGGAGAGACUGUACUCAGUGCUGUGCUGCACCGUGUGCCUAGACUUGCCCAAGGCGUCUGUAUACCAGUGUACCAAUGGUCACCUGAUGUGUGCAGGCUGUUUUAUCCACCUCCUGGCCGAUUCUCGUCUCAAGGAGGAACAGGCCACGUGUCCCAACUGCAGGUGUGAGAUCAGCAAAAACCUGUGCUGCAGGAACCUGGCUGUGGAGAAGGCUGUCAGCGAGCUGCCGACAGAUUGUACCUUCUGCCUAAAACAAUUCCCUCGCUCCAGCCUAGAGAGGCACCAGAAAGAGGAGUGUCAAGACAGGGUGACACAGUGCAAGUACAAGAGGAUUGGCUGCCCUUGGCAAGGUCCGUUCCAUGAGCUGCCGGCGCAUGAGGGCGAAUGCUGCCAUCCCACUAAGACUGGCACAGAGCUGAUGGGAAUCCUGGGAGAGAUGGACCAGAACCACCGCAGAGACAUGCAGCUCUACAACACCAUCUUUGGCUUGCUGUGCUACGAAAAGAUCGGGUUUACAGAGGUGCAGUUCAGGCCGUACCGCACUGAUGACUUCAUCACCCGCCUGUACUAUGAGACACCGCGCUUCACAGUUCUCAACCAGACGUGGGUGCUGAAGGCCCGCGUUAAUGACUCCGAGCGCAACCCCAACCUCUCCUGCAAGCGCACCCUCUCCUUCCAGCUACUCCUCAAGAGCAAGGUGAACUCUGCUCUGGAGUGCUCCUUCCUGCUGCUGAAGGGGCCGUACGACGACGUGCGGAUCAAGCCUGUCAUCCACCACCACUCCUUCAGCAACGACACCAAUGAGACCGAGUACGUCCAUCUGCCCAUCUCCGAUUCGGUGGAGUGCAACAAACUGCUGGCUGCCAAAAACAUCAACCUGCGCCUGUUCAUCUUCCAAGUCCAAAAAUAAAAGAGUGAGGGAAGAAGAGGAGUAGGAGGAGGAAGAAAAAGAAGAAGAGGAGGAGGAAGAUGGAAAGGACGGGGGGGAAGGAUGGUGACGUAGGAGGAGGGGCAGAGAGGAAGGAUUUGAUGAAGAUAAAAGAGAGACACCACUGAACCACUGAUACCUCUUAACACCUACACACCUACACACACACGCAAUCACGCAGGGUACACACGCUUCCACACACAUUUACAUAUAUAUUUACACACACACACACACACGCCACUAAUUACACUUACCUCCUUUUACAAGAUAGUGAGAACCCUUGUUUGGGGGGAGCUGUGCGUUGCUAUGGAGAUGGGUGGGCAUUGAUAUUGGAUGGGGGGGCACAGGUGUUGUGGUUGUUGAGGGGGCAGCGAGCGGGGGUAGGGCCCGUUGUGAGGUGUGUACCUUGAGGAGGCUCUCUGAGGUCAGGCUUUGUGUGACCUUUCACCCGGUGACACCCGCAGCCAAAGGUAGCACACACACUAACCAAAGCAGGACUCGCUGGGUGCAGUUGUUGCGCUUGUGUAGUUGUGUGUGUGUGUGUGUGUGUGUGUGUGUGUGACCCAGAGAGAGUUAUGUGACGGACCCUGGGGUGCGGCCCACGCUCUGCUUUGCAUGUUCAAAUGUCCCAAACCAUGUGAUAAUGUGAAUAUAGAGCGUCUGAAACUAAUCAACUGUUCUGAAGACAUGUGAAGGGGUUUCGAGAGCAUGAUCGUGUGCUUGUGUGUGUGUGUACCCUCCCCCCCCAGCUCUACACAGUUUAGUCACUUCCUGUUUAGGCAGACGCUCUCAGACUUGGCAAGAGCAGACAAAAGGCGGCGGCAUCCCAACCUCGACCUUCUUUUACAUUUCAACAAGAGGAGAGUUGGCUGCAUGCAUAUUUUAGUUCUUCAACUUAACCCUCCAGCUGUGGUUAUAUAUAACCUUCAACACUAAUAUAUUUUUUCUUUCUUUUGAGAUGGGUUGUAGCGUGGGAAUGGCUGCCUGUGUGAGUGUAACGUGAGUGUGUGUUAAACACAGUGCAAUCCUGAAAGUCCAGGACCAUCGUGACUGGAACGGAGCUGCUGGGGCCCCAGGUUCACUGUGUGUCCUUUUUAGAACUCCAACUAUUUUACUUAAGGAUUCAUUGUUCAUUGGAUAAAACCAUCACCGCACAAAGUGAGAGUUUUCCCAACAAACUAAAAUAUAUUUUAUUAACCAUAAGCAACUCCUCACAUUUGAAAGCCUGGAACUAGAUAGUCUGGUAUAUUUAAAAGUGACUGAAAUGAUUAAUCCAUUAUCAGAACAGUGCUGAUAUCAUAUUGCUGUGUUUUAUUUUGUGGAACUAAUCAGGGUAGCUCCUGGUUACUGGUUAUUUAAUUUCUUGCUAAUCUGUUUGGGAAUUUGCCCCAUUGUAACAUUACAGUGUAAAUUUAGGGCUUCUGACAAAAUCUAUGUCCACCACUUUGAUUGUUUUUGCUGAUAUUAUGAUGCUUACACAAUAUGUGCUUAAUUUUUUUUAUUUAUAAGAUAGUUUUUGGGCAUUUAGUAAUCGAACAGUAUGAGUGUGAAAUGGGGAAGACACACGUCAAAGGGAUGUUGGAACCUACCAACAGCCACUGCAGGACGACUCCAGCUCCAUAUGUGCUAGCUCACCUGGUCGAGUGGGCGACCCACAAUUUUCUUCUUUAUGACACAAUCAUAUAUACACUGUAUACUUACUCAUCUUGCCCUAUUACCUUUUUGAGUUUAUUUAAACAAUCAUCCAAAACUACGAGUGUUAAAAAUCAAGGGAAACCUGCUGUUUUGGUCCAUUUUUCCUCAAAUACAAUUGUGUUCCAUUAAACUCACAACAAACGUUGUGACACACAGACAACCUGGGGGCUGGCGGUUUUCCUGUAUGAGAGCACCGGUUGGAUUCUGGGUCCUUGUGUGAAAUAUAAAGAAGCUGAUGGAAACCUGAGGACGACAGGAGCCCAAAAUACUAUUUUUACUCCCAAAACAGACGGAUCCGACCACGGGGACAGGUCAGCGACAGCAAAGGAAUAAAAACCCAAACUGUGAGCGCGGAGGCUCAGGUUGAUCUGGACAUCCAUGUGGGCUCAGAGCUCCACGACCAGGACCUUUCUGGAAGAUCAGCAAUUGGGUGGUGAUGGAUGGUGUGUGUGUGUGUGUGUGUGGAGGGGGUGGGGGUGGGGAGUUUUACCUUAACACAGCAACAUAUUAGUGUUAGUCUUACUUGAACAAGAACGAGAAGAUGUUACGUAGAUUCUACUGUAAAGCAGAUAGAGCUCUCUCCUCCUGACCUCUACUUCCUGUAUUUCUGUGUUUUAAUGCUUCGUCUCUAUGCCAGUGGACUCACUCAUCUCACUAUGGCUGUACAUGUGCCUUUUAUUAAAGAUCAUGGAACCUGCA